GAGACGAAUCUAUAGAGGUGCAUUCGUAUUAUCGCACAGCACUAUCAGUUCACCGCUAGGUGCCCGCCGGCCUGCAUUUUGGUUGCAAUGGGGUCUAAGCAGCGGUUUGUAGCUUUGUUAGCUGCGCUAGUGUUAUGCUUGUUAGGGGCAUCCGGCUCAGCUUUUGCGGCUUUGCAAGUGGAGCACUCGUUCGAUGGAUCGGUAUACCAGCCGGCUGGCACGCUAGUCGGUGACGUGUUGACGAACUCUGAGCUGACAUGGCAGCGGCCUGACUUUACUAAGGCCGACUUGGAACUCCUAACAAAGGCAAUCAAGUCUGACGGGCUGUACUCCGUGCGGGUCAAGACGGACAAGGGGACGCUGUUGACAUCCGUGCCGGCGUCAUGCUUAAGCGUCUCGCCCUUUACAGAGCAGGCUGAAAUCCAUGCUGACCGCAACGGCGGUGUUGUAGCAUUCAACUACGCCGUCCCCUCAUGCCAGCCCCACGCCUCCAGCGGCAGCAGCAGCGGCAGCAGCAAGGCCGACGGGGAUGACACAUCGGAGCGGCCAGGCACGCUGGGUGUUCGGGUGCUGAUGCCCACCCCUGGACCCAUGCUUACGCUGCCGGAGGUGAUGGGGGAGUUCGCAGACGUCUCGGUCGACGCCGCCGACAUGGCCUCGCUGGGAGGUGCGGGUGCUGGUCUGGACCCCAACGCCAAGCCCCGGGCUGCCGCCCCUGGAGCCAAGCGGGGCGGACCGCCUCCCAAGGACGAGCGAUCCUGGCUGCAGAAGAAUUGGUUGUUCGUGGCGGCGGGUGGCAUGAUGGUGCUCAACGUGCUGGCGAAGGC